AACUAUAGAUGGUCUGAGUCCCGCAGCGAAGUGUGCCAGAUGUGUGACAGGGGUGUGGACGAGACUGUGCAGCAUGUAGUUUUGGAAUGCAAGAAGUAUGACAGGGAGAGAACGAAGAUGCAUGUGUUUCUGAGUGAGCUGGGACGUGGAGUGAACGGGAGGACGGCAAGGGAGUGGAUGGUGCUGGGGCUCAGUGGAGAGACGAUUGGACGAGUGACUGAGGCGGUAAGAGUUUUUGGAGGGCAUGUGGCGUGCAAAGUGUAGGGAAUGAAAUCUUGCCCCGAGAAUAUUGACUUCCCGCAUGUUUUCUUUUCACAGGAGCUGCCGAUACAAAGGCCUGGCUGGGGAGAAAUCCCGAGCCACCUGUGACAAGAUAAAGAUCGGUGGUGAGGUGCCUUCCAGCCCCUUUUUACAGCCCUUCAGCACCCUCACCCUCGUCUGGCAGGCCUUCCAAUACCUUCAUCUGCAGGACGACACUCCGGCCUCGUUAGGAUGAAGUUCUCGGAUAGGCUGAUUCGUGAGUUUUUCAAUACCCACUUUGAAAACAGCAAGACUAAGAUAAACUCUGAUGCCAUGGUCCUGAUCGCUGAGGUGUUGAAGCUGCUGGUCAUGGAGGGAGCUAUGCGAACUGCCCACCAGGCCAAGCAAGAAGGAUCUGACACAGUCACUUUAGAACACCUGGAAAAAAUUCUUUCACAACUGAUCUUGGACUUUUCCUGAGUGUCAAGCUGCUGGAUACUGAAGACUACCACUUUGAAACCAAAGAUGAAAACCAUUUGCUAGAACAGGUAUUUUUUAAGCUGAUUAAGAUUGUUGAAUAAAUACAUGUAGCAAGCAUAGUCAUA